GCUUUCACCCCCCAUCACCAUGCCGUCUGUAAUCUCACCGCCCACCAUUUUCCCGUCAGUAACGUCAGACCACCUCCUUGCUUUCCAGUUUUCGUCCUGGUAUCCUCGCUUCGCCGCGCAGAGCAUCAAGUCCACCAUCAUUCGUCCUUUGAACGAAGAGUUUCUCGAGUACCUGAACGCGGAUGGCGUAUUCAUGCCCGAGGGCGCUGAGGACAUGUUAGUGAGUUUCCUUGAUUAUAGACAAGGUCUGGAGCUUGAUUCAUAUGGUAGACCAGCAGAAAGCACGCUUUCCGAUGAUGAAGGCGAUGAAGGCGACGAUGAGCCCCGGCGCACUUUCGCCUUCCCCGAGCUCGACGCCAAGAUACGGGAAGCAGUCAAGGACUACGGUGCCGUCUUCCCAAAGCUGAACUUCUCGUCGCCGCGGGUGCGUUUCAACUGCGCCCACAGACUCGCGUUCUCAUGCACGGUUGACGCAGCGUUGUAGGACGCGGCGUGGAUGCUACCUGCAGGCUCGCCCAUGAAGUGCACCUCGCCGUCGGACGUAUACAUGCUGCUCAAGUCGUCAGACUUCGUUCUGCAUGACUUCGACCGCGCGCAGCUUUUCGAAGGGUGUGACAUCGAGGACGAGGAGCUACCAGAGUACCAGCUUGAGCUCGUCCUCCGAAAGUGGUACCCCGUGGACAGGAGCAGGGAGCUGCGGUGUUUUGUGAGGAGAGAAAGGCUCAUAGGUGCGUGAUAGCGCGUUUU